GAAGGGCAGGAGUUAGCUUGGCUAAAGCUCGCAGGACUUUAUAAUGGCUUUAGUAUUUAGAACUGUGGCACAAUUAGCCGGAAUUUCAUUAUCUUUGCUGGGAUGGGUUUUAUCCUGUCUUACAAACUACCUGCCACACUGGAAGAACCUCAACCUGGAAUUAAAUGAAAUGGAAAACUGGACCAUGGGACUCUGGCAAACCUGUGUCAUCCAAGAGGAAGUGGGGACACAGUGCAAGGACUUUGAUUCUUUCCUGGCUUUGCCUGCUGAACUCAGGAUCUCCAGGAUUUUAAUGUUUCUGUCCAAUGGGCUGGGAUUUCUGGGCCUGCUGCUCUCUGGAUUUGGCCUGGACUGCCUGAAGAUUGGAGAGAGACGGCAGGAUCUCAAGAAGCGACUGUUAAUCCUGGGAGGAGUUCUGUUCUGGACAUCGGGAAUCACGGCCCUGGCUCCUGUGUCUUGGGUCGCCUACAUGACGGUUCAGGAGUUCUGGGAUGAGGCCGUGCCAGAGAUAGUCCCCAGGUGGGAGUUUGGGGAAGCCCUCUUUGUGGGCUGGUUUGCUGGAUGUUUUCUUCUACUAGGAGGGUGUCUGCUCCACUGUGCAGCCUGCUCCAGCCGAGCUCCUCUAGCUUCGGGCCACUAUGCAGUGGCAGAGAUGAGAGAUCAUUGUCAAAAACUGGAGAUGAAAAGCACCAACCUGAAAACCUAA